AUCAAACGCCUUCCUAAAAACCUAGAAAUCGAAAAAUCAGAUCUAGAUCUAAAGAAGAGCGUCUUCAUAAACGCCCUUCUUCUUCUUCUUCGUGUUCUUCCCUGCAAAUCUAGUUUCUAGAUCUUUUCUUUCUUCCGCGAAACGAAAAUGAGAGAGUGCAUUUCGAUCCACAUUGGUCAGGCCGGUAUCCAGGUCGGAAACGCUUGCUGGGAGCUUUAUUGUCUUGAACAUGGCAUUCAGCCUGAUGGUCAGAUGCCCAGUGACAAGACUGUAGGCGGAGGUGACGAUGCUUUCAACACCUUCUUCAGUGAAACCGGUGCAGGGAAGCACGUCCCACGUGCUGUCUUUGUUGAUCUGGAGCCAACUGUGAUCGAUGAGGUCAGGACUGGUACUUACCGUCAGCUUUUCCACCCUGAACAACUCAUCAGCGGAAAAGAAGACGCAGCUAACAACUUCGCCCGUGGACAUUACACCAUUGGGAAAGAGAUUGUUGAUCUGUGUUUGGACCGUAUCAGAAAGCUCGCUGAUAACUGUACUGGUCUCCAAGGAUUCCUCGUCUUCAACGCUGUUGGUGGAGGGACUGGAUCUGGUCUUGGAUCUCUCCUCCUUGAGAGACUUUCUGUUGACUAUGGCAAAAAGUCCAAGUUGGGUUUCACUGUUUACCCUUCUCCUCAGGUCUCUACUUCUGUUGUUGAGCCUUACAACAGUGUCCUCUCCACUCACUCACUCUUGGAACACACUGAUGUCUCCAUCCUCCUUGACAAUGAAGCUAUCUAUGACAUCUGCAGACGCUCCCUAAGCAUUGAGAGACCAACCUACACCAACCUCAACCGUCUUGUCUCUCAGGUUAUUUCUUCCUUGACUGCUUCUCUGAGGUUCGAUGGUGCCUUGAAUGUUGAUGUCACUGAGUUCCAAACCAACUUGGUGCCAUACCCAAGAAUCCACUUUAUGCUUUCCUCCUAUGCCCCAGUCAUCUCUGCAGAGAAGGCCUUCCAUGAGCAACUCUCAGUUGCUGAGAUCACAAACAGUGCUUUUGAGCCAGCUUCCAUGAUGGCUAAGUGUGAUCCUCGUCACGGAAAGUACAUGGCCUGCUGUUUGAUGUACCGUGGUGAUGUUGUCCCCAAGGAUGUGAACGCAGCUGUUGGCACAAUCAAGACCAAGCGCACUAUUCAGUUUGUUGACUGGUGUCCUACUGGAUUCAAGUGUGGUAUCAACUACCAGCCACCAACUGUUGUUCCAGGAGGUGAUCUUGCUAAAGUGCAGAGAGCUGUUUGUAUGAUCUCAAACUCCACCAGUGUUGCUGAGGUGUUCUCCCGUAUUGAUCACAAGUUUGAUCUUAUGUACGCCAAACGUGCUUUCGUUCACUGGUAUGUGGGUGAGGGUAUGGAAGAAGGUGAAUUCUCAGAGGCUCGUGAGGAUCUUGCAGCAUUGGAGAAGGAUUAUGAAGAGGUUGGUGCUGAAGGUGGUGACGAUGAGGAUGAUGAAGGAGAGGAGUACUAAGAAGAAGGUUGUGGGUUUUAUGUGGGCUUUCUAUUAUCUCGUGUUUGUGUGAAUGGGCUCGAAACUCUUACGAGUCCUAGUUGUGUUUUUCAAAAACCAUAUUUCUAUCUCUUGCUUGUGGCGGUAGCCAUUUGUUUUCUAUUAUCUAGUUCGUUUGUGUUUCUGGUAAUAUCUCUCAUUUCCAAGAACUGAAUUUAAGAUGGGUGUUUGGCUU